UUGGGGACCAAAAGGGUUGUUUGAUGGUCACCAUUUGGAAUAGAUAGAGCAGCACCCUCUCGAAAGCCCAUCAACCUGCCAGCUGCACUGAGAAGCCAGAGGGAAAGGAAAGUCCAUAUAACUGGUGUGCGAGCAUCCUGCAGCUAUGGCUCCUGGCAAGUCAUGCAAGAAUACUGAAGGACAGAAGAUGGAUGGAGGGAAAAAGCAGAAGAAACAUGCAAAGGGGGAAAAAUGCAAGGAGGCAAACAGUCCGCAAGAGGCUAGAAAGGCUGCAGAUGUGAAAUGUGGGAGCAAGAGUGAAAUCAAAAACACUGAAAAGAAUGUCAAAUCUGGCAAACCCAGAUUCUUCACAAUGGGCAAGGGAGGGAAAGAGAAAACGAAGGAGAGUGCAGACACAAGGACGGAAAAGGAGCAGAAAGUUCAUACAAAGACACACCAAAGACGUGUGUCCUCAAAAGAGACCAGUAAAAAACCUGUGGCUAAAGAGGCCAGGAAGAAAGUUGCUAAAUCCAAUGCUAUUUCAAGGGACACUCAAGUAAAAGCAGCUAAGUUGACCAAAGUUGAUACGAAGACUCCGAGCAAGAAAGGUAGCAAGGUUGUGGAGUCGGAUAAGGAGGAAUCGGGGAGUGAGGAGGAGAGCACAGAGGAGGAGAGUGAAGAAGCCGGGAGCAGCAAGGAGGGGAAAAGUGAUGCAGACGGUAAAGAGGAAUCCACUGGAUCUGAAGAUGAACGUAGCCAUGAAGAAGAGGCAUGUGACACAGAAAAUGAGGAUGAGAAGGAGGGAGAACUUGAACCAUCAAAUGUUUUCACAAGCAAAGGAGAGCCAGAAGAAGAACCUGUAACUAGUGAGAAUGAAACUAACUCAGAGGCAGAUCGUAGUGACACCCUAGAGGACCACCAAGGACCUAGUAGCAGUGUAACUUCAAUAAAGGAAACUGGACCACUGCAGUUGUCUACCCAGUUACUGGGCCAGGGAGCAAGGAUUAAGUCUAAAAUGCUCAUGAAAAAAGGACUUCUUGCAGAAGAGAAACCAAAAAAAGAAGCCGUGGCAACCAAACCAUUCCCAAUGAAAGGGUUAGUUUUUAACAAAAAUGCGAUAACAAAAGGGAAGCCUCAGAUACUUCAGAUAGCUAAGACAGCAAAAACAAACGAUAAGAAACAAAGCCUGAAUGAAGAUACAGAAGCAUCUCCAUCUACAUCCUCUCCACAAACUCUCAUGGCUGGUAAAUCUUACUUAAUGCUGAACAUGAAAGUGAAAAAGAAAGAGGAUAAGAACAGUCUAAGUCCAAGAGCUGAACCUGACAAUGAAAAACAAAAUGAAGAUAUUAUGGAAGAACGGCAAAGUAAUGGUCAGUCAAGAAAUCUUGGAUUAGCGCUUGCAAAGGUAAAGAUGGCUUCUAUGAGGUAUCAAACCAGGAAGAAUCAAAGAAUGUUAGAUGAGCUUGCAUUGGUAGAUGAACCUGUAGAAGCAACAUCUUCUAAAGUCACCAAAUCCUUAGUAGCUCAACGGAAGAGCAUCAAUACACUGCGACGUGUCUCUGGAUGGAUACAGAAAAAGAUUCCGAAAAGUACCAGCUUACGGACUAAGUUGACUACAGUUUCCAGAGCUAUUGGCAUCACCAGAUGGCUCUCUGCACAAGCAGCAAAGCACCAGAGAAGUAGCAAAAGUUCUAAGCAGAACGUCUUCCACCGGAAGGUGAUUAAGGGUAUUUCCAGUACUGCUACACUAGCCAGAAAGAAGGCUCAGUUGCCAAUUAAAGGAGCAAAAGACUUUGAGGAGGAGAUGACAACUUUUCGAGAGAAGCAAAGAGUCGUGAAGGAAGAAACACAAGAUGCCUCUUCUGAUGAGCUUAGCUCAUCACCCCAAGCUAAUGAUAGUCAUAGCGAACCAGAAGAAAAAGGAAAUUCCAUAGACCCUAAAUAUGCUAUUGUCUUCCCAAGGAUGCACAAGAUUGGCAAGGGCAAAGGAGGUUCGCCUUCCUCCACCAGUGCAAGCACUGCAAGCACUGUCAAAGAACCCAAGCGUGUUCCUCCAAAGCCAGGAGCUCGCCUUGUUCUCCCAGUACAGCCUGAUCUAACCCUCCUGAAAUCUGUCAAAAUGAUCUCUCACAAGGAAGAUCGGCCUAAGAGUAGAACAAUAGAUAAGAAUGUAGAGGAGAAAGGAUUAGAGAAAUUGGACACUGCACAAUCACUAAUUGUUGGGAAAGGACACAGCACGACACAGUCAGCUAGAGGAAAACUACACUUAAAGCCAGAGGUAUCUGAACUAAAAUUACCUAAGAAUUUAGCUGGAUCAGAAUUAAAGUUGAGAGAGGGUUUAGGUAAAAAUAAAAACAAAAAUGAAUCAGUUGAUAAAACAAUGGAGGCACAAGAAGAAAGGACAGUUAUAACGCCGUCCUUCUACGAGGAGGAAGCUGACCGAGAAGUGGCGGAGUUGAUGGGUGAGGAUACUUUCUCCACUUCAGUGGAGGUGCAUUGGGCUCAGGAUCACCCAUUCCGGAGCGAUCCUCAGGACUGGCUGAAAGCAGAAACCCUGCUUCCACACCAAACUGUUGAGAAGCUCAGCAAAUGGUCCAUAUACCAGGAGACAGAACAGUGUCAUACUAUUCCAAUCAAAAAUGGUAAAGGACCAUGGGAGGCAGAGGAUGUUGUUCAAAAUAUGCUGGAAAGCCGACUCACCAACACACAGGUAUAUAUGAAAGACACCAAGCAAAUCUUGGAAGUGGAUGAAGUGGAUGAUUUGUCACGGCUUGAAGAAGUGUGUGAGAGUUCUGUGCUGCUCAAUCUGAAAAAAAGAUUUCAUCGAGACUUGAUUUAUACAUACAUCGGAAACAUGCUGCUGUCAGUCAACCCCUUUAAGCCCCUCGGUAUCUAUUCAGAGGAGGUGGGCGUGCAGUAUCAAGGCAAGCUGUUGCAGCAGAACUCACCUCAUGUUUAUGCUGUCGCAGAGGAAGCCUUCUGCCACUCCCAGAAUUCUCCCCAAGAGCAGUGUAUCGUCAUUAGUGGGCAGAGCGGUUCUGGGAAGACAGAAGCCACCAAGCGUAUCGUACAGUACCUGAGCUGCAUGUACCAGGGGAGGGCUGACAGUGUGAGGCAGCCCUUGGAUGUCUUGCCCAUUCUGGAGAGCUUUGGCAACGCCAAGACCAUCCUUAACAACAAUUCAAGUCGUUUUGGCAAGUACCUACACAUCCACAUUCGGCAUGGUGUCGUGGUGGGGACCUCUCUUUCACACUACCUCCUUGAGAAAUCACGAGUUGUGUUUCAGGCCCAAGGGGAGAGGAACUACCAUGUGUUCUAUGAGAUGUUGGCUGGGCUAAAUGACUGGGACAAACAGGAGCUGUACUUACAGGGAGCAGAGACAUACUUCUACCUCAAUCAGGGCGGCACUUGUGAGCUGGAGGGCAAGUGGGACAGAGAAGACUUUGUGACAUUAGUCCGCUGCUUGGAGACUAUCGAUCUGCAUGCGGAUCAGCUGUCCUCUGUGUGGGCCAUUCUGUCAUCCAUCCUGCAGCUGGGCAACAUCUGCUUCAGCUCUUAUGAGCGCGAGUCGCUGGAGGUGGCACGCAUCUUCAGUGAGGCUGAGGCAAGGCGUGUGGGCAGCCUGCUGCAGGUGUCUGCAGAGGCCCUCCAGACCGUCAUUACCCACCGUGUCACAGAAACAACCUAUGAUAGAAUCUACUGCCCCCUAUCAGUGGAAGGUGCCAUAGAGUGCAGAGACGCCAUAGCCAAAACGCUCUACUCAGUGCUGUUUAACUGGCUGCUGGAUCGCAUCAACGAGUGGCUGAUUCCUACAGAGAUGGACAGCACCGUUGGAAUCGUGGACAUUUAUGGGUUUGAGGACCUGGGAGUAAACAGCUUUGAACAACUGUGCAUUAAUUUUGCCAAUGAACAGCUGCAACAUUUCAUCAAUAAGGCAGUGGUAUCACAGGAGCAGGAAGAGUACAAUGCAGAGCAGAUCAAAUAUUAUCCCGUGACUGUCCAGAACAAUGACUCCUGCCUGGAACUCAUCUCUGCCCGGCCUUAUGGCAUCCUUCGUAUCCUGGAUGACCAAACCUGCCUCCCUCAGGCCACAGACCACACCUUCCUGCAGAAAUGCCAUUAUCACCACGGAGGAAACCCACUUUACACCAAACCAAAGAUUCCACUGCCCACCUUCACAAUAUACCACUAUGCAGGGGCUGUUACCUACCAGGUACACAAUUUCCUGAACAAGAAUCAUGACCACUUUCGUCCAGAGAUUCUUGAGCUUUUUGCACGCAGUCGACUGAAGAUGGUGUCCAGUCUGUUCCGCAAAGUGCAGGAGGGCUACCUGCAGCAGAAGGAGCUGGGCUUGCGUGGCCGGGGCCACCGGCAGCAGAUCACCACCGUGGCAGCGCACUUCCAGCACUCACUCUCAGAGCUGACCAAACGACUCGAGAGGUGUAAAACUACAUUUGUACGCUGCUUCAAGCCCAAUUACAUGAAGUUACCAGGCAUAUUUGAUAUAGACUAUAUGACACAACAGCUACGGCAUGCUGGGAUACUGGAGGCUAUUCACAUCAGGAAAGAGGGAUAUCCCAUUCGGAUUCUUUACUCCUACUUCAUUGACAGGUACGGGGUCCUCAUGCCACAGCGCACAGUAGAGCUACCUGAGAGGGAGCUCGUGGUUGCACUGCUAGACUCCAUUCCAGGUGUAGAGGUGGAGCAGUAUCAGCUGGGUCUGACCAAGGUGUUCCUGAAGGAGGUGCUGUACCAGAAGGUGGAGGAGCGAUGGAAGAGCACGCAGACCUGGGCUGCUAUCACGCUACAACGGAAUAUCCGUGGUUUUAUCUGCCGUCGUAAUUACCGCUACUUCCGGCAGAAGGCCAUCGUCCUCCAGUCACAUAUCCGGGGUCACCAGGCCAGGAAGCACUACAAGAGAAUGAAGCAGUCCUUCACCCAGUUUUGGGCAACCAUGAUGAUCACCAGAAACACCUUAAAGAGGCAGCAGUGGCGAGGACGCAGAAAGAAGAACAUAUUGAAUUCUAACACAGUGACGGGGAAAACCCAGUCUGAUUCUGCUGGAAUGGAUGUGGGAAUGUUAGAGAUCCCAGUGGAGCUCUCUGCCAGACUGCGUGGAGCGACUGGGCGACGUCCUGGCUCUGGGGUCACGGAGGUGGCCCCUCCACAGGUCAAAGCGGAGCACAACCUCGCACUGCCCCAAGAUAUUAACAACUUUCCCUUCUCCCGAUAUGCCAACACCGAGUUUAAGGAUGGAUGGUGCCAGAAUCAAGGCUACCCCCUUCAGAGGCCUCUGACCUCCCUGAGCCCUGAAGAUGCCCACACAGCCCUAGAGAUUAAUAAACUGAUUCUUCGCUUUUCUGGAGACUCUGAACUUGAGGGAUGGCAAGAGCAGAUGCUGGGGAACUACAUAAUGGAGAAGGGGCUGGCAAAACCCUCACUGAGGGAUGAGAUCCUGUCCCAGCUGGUUUUUCACACUUGGGGCCCAGAGGGCGGUCAGACAGUCUUGCGGGCCUGGCUGCUGAUGGCCUGCUGUCUGAGUAUAUUCACGCCCUCUCCAUCCUUGGAUAAGCCCCUGCUGAAGUACGUGUCAGACCAUGGGCCAGGAAAAUACCGAUCGCUAUGCCAACAUAAGCUGCUUACUUCCCGGCCGCAGCCUGCCCCAGCCUGCAGAUUCUAUCCUGCUACACAGCUGGAGUGGACAGCCAAUCAGAGGACAGGAAAAAUGGUUCUGGAUGUUGACACCUUCAAUGAGGAAACGCUAACAGCAGAGGUGGAGUCCUGGACUACAGGGGAGCAGCUAGCCUUAUGGGUGCUCAGAUUCAGGGGUUUGCCAGAAGUUCCGCGCGGAUGGUCUGUAUCGCUCCUGGCUGGGGAGCGUUGGACAGAUCUCGCUGGCAGUGACUUUGUCAUGGACCUUCUGGCGGAGGUGGAGGCUGAUGUCCCACAGGCUGAGCUACUGCCACCACCACCACCUCCACCAGCCAAUGAAUACCUCUUCAGCUCCCAGAGGAACAUGAUGAUGAACUUACAUGAUUAUGAGUUCAUUCCUCCUGCUCCAUCGAUGCAGGCCCCAGGACUGCCGUUCUCUGAGGCUUCCUGGAGCAGCAGUGAUUACCCCUCUGUGGAAGGUUCCAGAGGUUGGCAGUUUGACACUUUUGUGGACGACCUUUUUGACCCUGUGUGGGACCAAGCUGUGCCUGACGCGGAGAGAAUGGCCAUGCUGAACCGACGUUUGAGGGGAGGAGGUGGUAUAGGCCCCAUGCAACCUGGAAUAUAUCCUACCACAGGUGUUCCAAUGACAAUGCCAAUGGCAGGGUAUUCCAUGGGGAUGCCUGCAAUGCCCAGCUAUCCAGCUGUACCUGCCAUGCCGACAGCAGCCCCAGUGUUCCCAAGCAUGCCUGGUAUGAUGAUGCAACCUGCCAUGCCCCAGCCUGCACCAGUAUUGGAUCCCCAGCAGAUGGCAGCACAGCAACAGGCCUUCAUCAGUCAGCAGGCUUUACUCAUGGAAAGUACCAGGAAAUACAAUACAAUGUUUUUCUGUUUCUAUCGAAACAUUGAGAUUUUGUACUUACAGGCUCAACAGAUGACUCUGCAGGCCAUAAGCCUUUCACAGCAGGAACAGCUACAGAGGGAGCAACAGCAGCGUUUGGAGCAGCCACCACCACCGCGACAGAUAGUGCCAAAAGCAGCACCUGCGCCUACCCUUAAACCAUCUCCCAAGACUGCGUCCCACCAGGAGUCUCAGUCUAGGCACAGUUCCCCAGAGCCAGAGGAGAUUGUGGACACUUCUGGGAUUGAUGAGCUAGAAUCCUUUAAAGAGAAGCGAGACUUUUUCCAGAGGAUUGUGAAUCCUCCACCCAAGCCUUCGAAACAACGGCCAUCCCCCAUUCAGACGGUGGAAAAGAGAAUCACCCCAGAAGAGCCCAAGCCUCCGUCUUCAAGGAAACCAAAAGAUUACUCUGUUCCAUCUAAAGUGGAUAAAACACCCCCGCCGCCCCCAGCAAAGCCACCUCCUGAACGAAGACCAGUGAAAGAGGAUCUCCACUCUCCCCCCUCACCUAAACCACAACCUAGCAGCCACAUACGAGAAAUUGUCAAGUUGUAUCAGAGCCGCCCUGCUCCUGAGCCUGUACCAUUCAAGCCCAUGAGGAUUCCUGCAAAAUCUUUUGUGAAGAAAAAUGACCCCAAAGAAGAGGCACUAGCUAUUCUAAAGGCAAAUGGACCAGCUGUGCCUUCCAAGAAAGAAAAAGUUCCCCUUCCAGUGAGGCAGAACCAAAAAUCAGUGCCCCCUCCUCCAAACUCUCAGAGGUCCAUCUCAAAAGAAAUGAGGCAGAAGCAGCAGUCAUUAGCUGACCUCUUCGGCUCUACCCGCUUCAAAAACCCACCCCCUCCACCAAAUCUCCCCCCGCCACCUCCUGAGCCCCUCCCCGCCUUCAUCCCAGACCCUCCUCCAAUGAUGGCUCCAGUGAUCAGUGAGCCUAAAAGACUCACCAGUGAGGAGACCAUUGUGUCACAGCUAGACAAAUUCUCAGCCAGUGUUUACUUCUCAUACUCGAACAUGCCUGGUAAAUUCUUCCUGCGAAAAGAGGUGUUCUACCCGAGGGAGAAGUUUAACCAUCCUUAUGUCCUUAACCUUCUGUGCGAGCAAAUCAUGAGGGACACCUACUCAGACUCCUGUAUACGUAUCUCCAAAGAGGAACGGCGGAAGAUGAAGGACCUGCUGGCUGGAUUUCACAUACGCACCAGUAUCAGCGCAGUGCAGGAUGACACUGUAAAGAAGAGGAUCGUAAUGGCAGCCCGUGACAACUGGACCAAUUACUUCUCACGCCUCUUCCCUGUGACAGGUGGGAAUUCAGGAGACACAGAGGCACUGGGGGUCUCGCACCGUGGGAUUCGGUUGCUGCGAGUUGCCAGGGCGUCAGGCAUUAACCCAAAACACCUCAAGGUGCUCCGCAGCUACAGCUACGCAGAGGUGCUGUCUGUGGAACAGAGAGGGCCACACGUCGUGGAGUUCCUGCUGAGAAACGAACAGCUAGAACUACAUUCCCCCCGGACCCCACAAAUUGUUGCUAUAGUUCGGUUCUUCAUUACCGAGCUUCUCAAGGACUCAGCCCACGUGGUGGCCUUAAAGAGCUAUGUGACCGACGAUAAGAGCCUGCUAAGCUUCCAGAAGGGGGACAUCAUUAAGCUACUCCCCAUGGAAGAGACACAAGCAGGUUGGAAGUUCGGCUCCAUCGGUGGGCGCUGUGGUCUUUUCCCUGCCAAGCUGACCCAGCCUGCAGCCCCCCCAGACUAUCACUGCACCCAGAUUGAACGGCGUGAUGAGCUCCGAAAGAGCUUACGAGUGAAGCCUCCCCCGACACUGCCACAGAAACAGCCGAUGAGGUCCUCACCUCCAGACACCCCCGUGAUGGCGGAGCCCAGGCAUGAGGGCACGCCGCCGCUCUCUGACAGCAACGGCCAGGAGUUCUUCCUGAUGGAGUUUGCAACUAAGUACUUCAGGGAGGCUGCAACAGGAUUGGGCUGGAAAGGCUUAGCUGCUGAGGGAAGAAGCUGUGCAGAGAUGAUUCAGCACACAAAGGUUCCCAUUCAGGAAUCCCUAAUCUUCUACUCAGACAAUGAUCUGAACGAGCUCGCGGCGCAGUGCUUCAUGAGCGUGAUGCGAUUUAUGGGGGACCAGCCUUUGAUGAAGCACCAGACGGAGGGAGAUUGUUUAAACAGCAUCCUGCAGCUGGGGAAGGAGAAGGAGUUCCUGAGGGAUGAGAUCUACUGCCAGGUGAUAAAGCAGACGACCCAAAACCCACGCAAGGAGAGCUGUACCCUUGGCUGGCGUCUGAUGAAUCUUGUGACAGGUUUCUUCCCAUGCUCAAGCACCCUGAGGCCCUACAUUGUCCGACACCUGAAGGACUGUGCCCAAGACUCUGCACACCCCUAUCAGGAGCUGUCCCGCACCGCUGAGGACAAUCUGACACGCUCCCUGACCUACGGUGGCCGCAGACACGUCCCCUCUCAAGUGGAGAUCGGGGCCAUCUUGGCAGGCAGAAGCUCGCGACGCUUCCCCAUCACGCUUCCGGGAGGAGAGGAGCUCCCGUGUAAGAUUCGCAGCUUCAGUGUGGCGCUGGACGUGAUGAGGGAGCUGUGUGCGGAGAUGGGCGUGGUGAACCCUGCAGAGAUCAUGGAGUUCUCCAUCCGGGCUGUCCGGAGCAAGGAUGAAUUCGUGCGCCCCAUUCAACCGGAUGAGUACUUGUUUGACUUCAUUUUGGACAGUGGCUCCAUUGUUCUUUUAUUCCGCCGGAUUAUCUGGACAACGCACCUGCACUUCGAAAAUGACCUGUACAUCGCGUUCCACUAUCAGCAGGUCCUUGCUGAUUACCUUGAAGGGAAGCUUAUGCUUCCGGGCAGCAGUGCCUCUGUUCACCAGCAGAUGGCAGAACUGGCUGUUUUUCAACACCUGGCACUGGGACUGAAAAGCCAACCCACCCAACAUGAGUUGAAAGCAUACCUCCCUCAGACUGUGAGGAGCAAGGGCAACAUUCAGCAGCUGCAUUCUGCAGUAAACAGACAGCUGGAUGGAGCACAACAUUUAAGCCCCCAUGAAGCCAAAAUACGCUGCCUUGAAACCUUCAGGAAUCUGCCUCUCUUUAGCUGCAAUAUCUUUCAGGCCCAGAAAGUCAGCCACCACGAGUGCCCAUCCCCUUGCCUUGUUGCUGUCAAUGAUGAAGACGUUUUGUUUUUGAAACCGAGAACACAGGAGAUUGCGUUCAGGAUCCCUCUGACUGAAGUGCAGUCCCUCCGAUCAAAAAAAGAAAAGUCGCCUCAAAUGGAAAUAAGCUACGGUCACCCCACCCACCCAAAAACAAUAACAAUCCACCUCCAACAGGCCAAAGAGUUAUGCCACACCGUUGCAACCAUUAUGGAGGAGCUGGUGCGACCACGCCCCGGCAGCACUAGGUCAAGACCCUCCACCGGGACACCAUCUCGGCAUCCGUCGGCCAUGUCCUCAGUGAGCUAAAGCACCACUGCUUCACAUAUCACCUGAGUGGUGAGGAUAGUUCAGCUAAUAAAUAGUACGUACGACUGGUACUGAAGACCCAGCUGCUGCUCACUGAUCAAAGGUAACUGCUGUCAUACUCUGAUGUCCAUAAAUGAACAAGGGGAAACCAUCCAAUAUUGGUAAUGACUUUGCAUAUUUCUAUAAUCACCUAUCAAAAUAUUUCAGUUAGCUCAUGUGUAUAUUAUUUGUACCGGAAAUGUUUGGCUUAAAAGUUCUAUAUCCAGCUUUUAAAUUCACAGUAAACUAGUAAUAACCUGUAAGAUUAAAAAAGAAUUUCCUUCUCCAGAUUGAAUACUACUUUGCACAGUGUAAAUUUUAUACACUACAAUCAACAAAUGCAAAAAUGAAAAAGCACUUUUAUGAGAUCCCUUUUACAGUAUUUUGAGGUGUGGGUUUUAUUUCCUUUCAUUUUUCUGUCUAUUGACUUCAUUGACUGCAAUUUAUAAAUUAAACUGUAUACUUCAUAGUAUUGCAGAAGUAAGUUAUAAGAUGGUGGGGAUUUUUAAUGAUGGUGGGAAUAUUUAAGUACAGUCCUCUUUUAGGGAAAUGCUAUCAUAGUUAUAUUUUUAUUUAUUGACUUUGUGUCUGUGAUUGUGAAAUUUCAUGAGGUUGAGAACCAAAGAGCCUCUGUGAAAUUCAUUGGUAUGAUAUGAACCAUCAAUCAAAUGUCUCAAUAAUAAAAUGUAUAAAUUUUUAUAAAUUGUCUGAUAUGCCUCAUAUGAAACCCUCUGUGAAAAAUGAAGACAAAAUAAAACUGUAUUGUAAUAAAGAUGA